UAUGUUAUAAAGAAGAAGAAUUCGUUCCUUUACGACACAAUGCUUAGACAAGGUUUAUCACUCCUUCAGAGAAAUCGCAGUAAAUUCUUACUACUAGGUAUUUUGCCAUUGCACUCAGAUCCCGAUGACAAAGUAUCAAAGGAAACAAAAACAUACAAAUCAUUUGUACAAAGACCACCCUCAAAUGAAACCGGCUGGGAACGGGUGAAAGAAGUCUUCAAAGUGGAUGAAUUUGGCUCAAUUUCACCUGAAUUGAAUUCGAUCUAUCAGGCUGGUUUCCUGGGUUUUUUGGUUGGUGGUAUCUAUGGCGGUAUUAUACAAUCGCGAACGGCAUAUAUGGACUUUAUGGAAAAUAAUCAAGCUACUGCUUUUCAGUCUCACUUGGAUGCCAAGAGAAAACUACAGGACAAGUUCACAAUGAGUUUUGCCAGAGGAGGUCUAAAAUGGGGCUGGCGCGUAGCAUUAUUUACCACAUCCUAUUAUGGCAUGGUAACCUUGGUCUCCGUAUACCGAGAAAAAUCCUCAAUCUAUGAAUAUUUGGCAGCUGGAACAAUAUCAGGUGCUCUUUACAAACUAAACAUGGGUUUAAGGGGUAUGGCAGCUGGUGGCAUAAUUGGUGGAUUUCUGGGAGGAUUGGCAGGUGGAGCAUCGCUGUUAAUAAUGUCGUUAUCUGGUACUACUAUGCAAGAGGUUCGUUAUUGGCAAUAUAAAUGGAGAACGGAUAGAGAUCAAGCAAUCGCAGAAACCUAUAAGUUGGCCGAAGAAGAGGAUGAACCUACACCCGAACUUAUGAAAGCCCACGACGCUAAAGUUGGAGAAAAAAUAACAUUAGAAACCAUAAAGCUGGAACCUGAACAGAAUGAAACGAAACCCCAAGAUCCAAAACCAGUUCAUACAAAAGUUGCCGAACAGAUUACAGCGAAAAAGUAGAAAACUCAAUUUGUUAUCUUUAGCUUGUUAUUUUUGUAAAUAAAGAAAAUACCUAUGAUCGGUAUGAAAACAA